AAUGACCACCCAGGAUGAAGACAUCAUGGCUUCUCUCCUGGAGGAAAUCUUGCGCCAGAGUAUGGGAGUACCGCAGGCCCUGCGUCUAGCCUAGCGCCCCAUGCCUCAUUUCGGCGGAACUUGGGUACAUCCGAGGCGUUCAGCAUCAUCAUCAAUAUCGUAAUCGGAAGCGGGAUUUUGACCUCUCUUGGCGCCAUCGACACCAAUGUCCCCUCCCCAGGUGCAGCCCUGGUCGUUUGGUUCGUGGGGGGGCAUCUUGGCUUGGACAGGUGCUGCAACUAUGGCCGAGCUCGGGGCGGCGUUUCCGGGUGAAGAAGGUGUUCAACAGUACCUCCAGUAUAUCUACGGCGAGACCUUUGGCUUUCUUGCCGCGUGGACAUGGGUCGUUGCGGUAGUGCCGGAGAAUUGUCAUGGCAAACUGGGUCAAUUCCGAGCUGCUAUCGCAGUCACCGUGGUUGCGGGACUGGGUGUCGUCUGCUAUCACCUUGCUGGCUGGGAUAAACCCAAUCCACAGGAAUCCCAGGACCAGUUAAUGAGAGCCUGGCUUAGUGCUCCCAACACCGUUGCCUUGGACGGGAGGGAGAUAGAGUGGCAGAAGUUACAUGGGUGGGAAUCUAUCGGUCUUUAUUCCGCCGCACUUUAUGGUGCACAGUGGGCAUACUCUGGAUGGGAUAAGGCAAUCUAUGUCAGUGCCGAACUUCCUGCUCUGGCCCGUCAGUUGCCCCUAGCCAUCAAGACCGCGGUUCCCAUUGCCAUCCUCAGUUUCAUCGCAGUGAAUAUUGCCUAUUAUAUCCUCCUACCUUGGAGAGUAGUGUCUACAACUGAUAGUGUAGCAGUGACAUCGUUUAGUCACCUACUUGGAUCUACACUUGGUGCCAUAGCAGCGGGUCUUAUCUGCCUGGUGGUGGCAGGACCCUUGCUGGGAAGAUCGUUUGGCGCCGGUCGCAUAGUGGUUGCUGCAGCCAAUUCCAACUGGUUGGCCGACUUCCUGGCCCGCGUUGGCUCCGUUUCAGGGCGAUCGACUUCGACAGCAUAUGCCCCCAUCAAUGCGAUUCUCUUUUCUACCGCCUGGUCCAUUGUGUAUAUUCUCUUUGGGAACUUUCGGGGCUUGGCGACAUUCAGUGGUCUGUCUGCAUGUAUCUUUUUCUUCCUGACCAUGGUUGGUGCCAUCAUCCUUCGCGUCCGUGAACCAGAGCUCCCCCGCCCGUACAAGCCGCCGAUCUGUGUCCCCGUUGUGUUCACUCUGGUCAGUGGGUUUGGGGUUGCUCGUGGUGCAGCUUUUGCUCCUGUGCAGGCCAUGGUGCUCAUUGGACUGUGGCUGGUGGGCCUAGGGUUGUAUAGUGCGAGGAGGUAA